AUGUUCAUACUACAAACCACCACGGCGGUGCUUCUCGCAUUCAUGGCACUGCUAGCAUACAAAGAAGUUCGAAAAUUUCUAGCGAACAGACGGUCAAGGAGGAAACAUCUCGAAACGCCUGGCAGCCGGAGAUAUGCGGCCACAAACGACAUCAAGCCACCCGUCGAUGAUCAUGGUCUAUCGUCCCUUUAUGUCACAGCUAAGGCAGAUCCUAUGAACCCAGAAUUUCAAGCACACAAACAGCUAUACUUCAAACUGCACAAUCUCGAGCAUCAUCCGGACAUCUUGCCGGAAUGUCGCGAACUACUCCUUUCCCUGCUAUCGUCUACUCUCAGAGAUGCUCUGGAAGAGCCGGAGAGCGGCAUUCUAUCAGUUACAAAAUACUCACACGAUAGGUUGAACUACUUCCUCAAGUCCAAAGACGUCGAUGUCACCAAUCGCUGGGAAGAGUAUUUGGCUCGUCGCAAAGCGGGAGGACUCCGCGAAAUGUUCUCCGACCAAGCCGAAGCAAAGUGGUGGCUCAAACAAGCUGCACCGGUGAAGUAUGUGGACGGUGCGUGGCUUGGUCACAUCAACAAGAUCAGCACACCUUUCAUGUACCGCAACAUCACGAAAAAUGCGUGGCAAGUCAUGUCAGAAGAGCUUGGAGACGGCGAUCUCGGAAAGAACCACGUUCAUGUAUACCGCAGUUUGAUGAACGACAUCAAGGCUGGACUACCUGACGCCGACUCCAAGGACUUCAUUCAACCACGACAUGAGCUGAAUGAAGCGCGUUGCUGGAAAGCAGCGAUCGCUCAACUACUCGUAUCGUUGUUUCCGAAUGACUUCUUGCCUGAGGCUCUGGGCUUCAAUAUGGCGUACGAGAGCUUGCCACUGCAUCUUCUGAAGACGGUGAAAGAGCUUCGAGAGCUGCGCCUGAACCCCUACUACUUCGAACUCCAUAUUUCCAUCGACAACGCCGAUUCGGGUCACGCAGCCAUGGCUAUGUCUGCUGUGGCUGAAUACAUCGACCUUGUAGAGCAGACGGAAGGACCAGAAGCCGCACAUGUGGCUUGGAAGCGUGUGCAGGCAGGCUACAUUCUUGCCGAAGGCUUGCCAACCACUCCUGAAAGUCCAUCGGUGAGAAAGCCACUGGAAGAGCUGUUUCCAAGCAACGAGAGGGAAGCAGCAGUAGUCAAGAUCUUUGCGGCGAAGACCUUCGUCGCUCACAAACUCCACUGCAAUAGUCGGUUACGCAUCGGUCGCCGAUCGUUGGUGGACUGGCUUGAACCAAACGCCUUCAAAGACCCCAAAUGGCAGAAGGAAUUCUUGCAUGAUCUGAGCAAUUGCAAGCCUUGGGUUAUCAAGGAAGACAGUUCGAAGAGCCGACUGGUCAAAGAGCUAUCAUGGGAAGGCAGAAUGUUCGGCAGCUUCACCGACAGAGAGGUCGAAGUUGUCAAAGCUUGGAUCGAUCAACUUGGCGGCUCAACUCCACAACCAGACGCCACGAUGUACCUGGCAUUCACCCAGCGCCAAGCCCUCCCCUCACUAUCAGACACGCAGGACAUCCUAACAGACUACCCCGUCCUCUCCCCACUCCCACCUCUCCCUAAAUUCCUACAUCGCACUUCCAAUACCAAUCAUCCCGUUCCCAAAAACUUCACGAAUAAAAACUUCCUCACGCUCUUCUUCACCAUGCCCACCCUCCUCACCUCCCUCCCCUCCCUACCCGUCCGCACUACCUCCACCCGCACCUCCUCCCUCCUCCUCGUCCUCCGCGCACAAACCGGCUUUCUACCAGAAACCUGCGGCGUCGCCGGCAUGGACGAAGUCCGCCGCACCGCCGUCACCGGGCUCAUCGACCUCGGGCUGGAAAUGAUGGCACUUGCGGGCUUCGAAGCGCCGGCGAAUCUGCGCAAGGCAGUGAAAGGGAGUGAUGCGGAGUUCGUGGCGUUUGCGGAGUGGAUGGUGGCGACGAGUAUGCGGUGGAAAGAAAGGGGGGAUGUGCUUGUGGGCAUGGCGUGGGCGGGGAUGGAGGUGCAUGAGGUUGUUGCGAGGGAGGGGGAGGGAUGCUUGAGUGCGGGAGGGAGGGAGGUGUUGAAAAAGAUUGCGGGGAGGGAGAGAGUGGGGUUGGAGGGGUGGAAGAGGGAGGUUGAGGGGGAUGAGAGACGGAGACGGGAGUUUGAAUGGGGGUAUGAAGUUGUGUGGGAGGCGGUUAGGGCGGCUUGGUAG